AUGUCACAGCCAAAUGGGGUUUCUGCCUCCCUGGCGUCUAUAGAGACAGCGCCACCCACCCACGCAUUUCUGCGCACUACCACAACCACUACUUCGGGUUCGCAUUCAUCAGCGCCCUCACUCCAGCCCAUCGCUGAUUCAUCCUCAGCAUUGUCCUCGUCGAAUACGACCCGAUCCUCGAGUACGCCGUCGAGAAGGGUGGAGAUACCGCGUCUUUCAGCGGCCACAACCGAGUUACUCGCACGAGUCAAUGGAAGUCUAAAGGGCGCACAGCAGAGAUAUGAUAACAAAUCCAUCAGUUGGAACCCUCCAACUGGAAAUCGAUUUGUUGGAAACAACUUGAACGGUUCUCGGACAGGCACUAUGAGGGCCUCUUCGACUAUCAUCGAAUUGCCUACGGCACCAUUCACGUAUGCGAACAAUGGGGUGCCACCUGCGGCUUCCUCGAGUACUGUUACCCGCAGAUCUCCUGUGGAUCUUGCUGGGGUCCCGAUCAAUAUUGCAUCUAAACAAUCACCAGUGCCUCCACCUGCGGCUUCCCCAGGUAUUGCUACCCGGAGAUCCCCUGUGGAUCUUCCUAGGGGCCUGAACAAUAUUGCACCGAAACCAUCACCGGUGCCUCUACCUGCCGCUUCCCCAAGUACUGCUACCCGGAAAACCCCUGUGGAUCUUCCUGGGGGCCUGAACAAUAUUGCACCGAGACCAUCACCAGUGCCUCCAACUGCACCAACAGAUGGAAUACCUGAAGCAUCAUCCAAUGGCCCUCCCACGACAGGAGGCUCCCGUAAUAGGAAGAGUAUCACGAAUGGGGCCAAGAACAAGAAGCGCCGCCGCAACAAGGACAGUGACGAAGAGAGCGUCAUCCGGGCCGGUGAUUCCAGCAGCGACGAAUCUGAUGUUGCCCCGACAGCAACUCAGACAAAGUCUGGCCGACAGGUCAACCGACCCUCCUUGUAUGUGCCUCCGCCUUCGUUACCGGCUGCUGCCAAAGAGACAAGCAACUCACUGGAGACGUCGGACAACACGCGUGGUUCCACGGCGGCCACAACUCGGAAACGUAAGCGCGUUCAACGCAAAGCGAAGGAUGGUAACAUCACUUGUACCCGAUGCCAGAGGGGCCAUAGCCCUCUGAGCAACGCGAUUGUAUUCUGCGAUGAAUGCAAUGGGGCCUGGCACCAAUUAUGCCACGAUCCUCCUAUCAGCGUAGAGGUUGUCACUGUCCAAGAGAAAGAAUGGUUCUGUGGGGAAUGCAAGCCUGUGCCGAUUACCAUUGUUCAGCCAACAGUUGUCAGGAGCAAUCCGUUCCUUGCGAAAACACAGCCAACCCCUAUUCCGACUUCUUCCUUGAUAGUCCCUCGAGCUGAAGUAAGCGCGGGGGGCUUCUCGGUCGAAGAACGCCGAGGGUUUCUAUCGGGCUUGUCGCAUGCAACACUUGUUGAGCUUCUUAUGAACAUAUCGGAAGGUAAUCGGAACCUGCCAAUGUUCCCCGCUAAUCUGAAGGACCACCAGUUAUCAAACUUCUCAGUCCGUCCUGGCUCGUCAGCCGUGACGAGUACUUCUACCUCCGUUCAAGGAACUGUCUUGCAGACAAAUGGGCUGGGGGCCUCUGCAGCCACCUCGGCGGAAGAAUCAGCUAGACCACCAACCGCAUCUGCACCGGAUGUUUCGACUACUUCAUCUCACCGAAGGAGAUACGAAGAGACUUCUGAUGAAGAGCCAGAGUAUCAGUUUCAAGAGCAUCGUCUAUAUCCACGCGCCGGCAACGGCUUCCGGCUGCCUGUUGGGCUGGAUGACUUGGAUAUCCUCAGCGAGGAUCCUGCUUGUUCAACGUUCAGCCAUUCGUUGCAUGGGCCUGCUCGAAUCCGCGCUCAAAUGAAACAGAACGUGCCAAUAUGGGGCUCGUGA